AUGUGGGCGACGGAAUGGGGUAUUCUUAUAUGUUGCCGAACUUGGACGUGUCACGGCGGAUCCCAAUCAUGCCCGCCAUACGGUGGUACAUCCUGGGAGAAGAAGAAGAAGAAGAAGAAGAAGGGACCACGAAGCCAACGCCUCUGCGGAUCCCCGAUCAAUCAUUGCCGCUAUGGUAUUGCAAACGUCGCGGCGUCCCUUGUGGCAUUGAUCCGACUCGUCUCACCGAAGAGCCACCACCAAUGCCAGCAGACUUGCCACCUCGUCCUCGGGGAUACUACCUACAAUGCCUCACAACCGUCCUCACACUGCACUUAG